UGUAUAUUUUCCAGUUUUCUCGCCGUUCACCGGCCGGCACACUUAUUUAUUUACAUUUUUUUUAUUAUAUUUUUCUUAAAAUGCAAAGAUUUUCCCGAAUUUUUAAAAAUUCCCAAUGCAACAUAAUUGGCAUGAUACACGUCGAUGCUCUGCCAGGAACACCUCUAUAUAAGGGCAAUUGGUUGGAGACCAUUGAAAAGGCAAAACAUGAAGCCAGUAUAUAUCAAAAAUAUGAAUUGGAUUCCAUUCUACUAGAAAACAUGCAUGACAUUCCAUAUGUACAGCAUCAACAUCUUGGCCCCGAAACGGUUGCAUGUAUGGCACGCAUAUCACAAGAGGUACGCUCAGCACUAACUUCCCGAUCGAAAAUUCCACUUGGUGUGCAAAUAUUGGCUUGUGGCAAUAGACAGGCUCUGGCGGUUGCAAAAGCUUGCCAGCUGGAUUAUAUACGAGCCGAAGGUUUUGUAUUUGGCCACGUUGCCGAUGAGGGCUACACAGAUGCUUGUGCUGGGGAAAUUUUAAGAUAUCGUCAACAAAUAGAUGCAUCAGAUAUUUUAAUAUUUACUGACCUCAAGAAAAAACAUAGUUCACAUGCAAUAACCCAAGAUGUUAGUUUAUUGGAGACAGCUAAAGCUGCAGAAUUCUUUCUAACCGAUGGCAUUGUUAUCACUGGCAACUCCACUGGGGAUGCAGCUAAGCCUCAAGAUUUUAAAGAUUUAAUUAAUAAAGUUAAAGUUCCUCUACUCGUCGGUUCUGGCGUUACUAAGGACAAUAUAGAUAAUUAUAGCAAAUUUAUUAAUGCCGCUAUUAUUGGCUCACAUUUUAAAAAGCAGGGUCUGUGGUCCAAUGAUUUGUGUGAAAAAACCAUAGAAGAGUUUAUGUCAAAAGUUCGGCAUAUUAGAAAAUGGUAAAAAAUAAUUAAUGUUGCUUUUUUUCAAAACUUUAUUGUAAAUAAAUAUCAAAUGGUAAAUGUGUGAUCUUAA